AUGCCGUCGAAGCUUCAGGAAUGGCUCGACAUUCCGCCAGGGACCAUACUGCAGCAUCUGCCGACUGGAUCAUGGGGGAGCUUGUCAGAGGAGGAGAGCUACAUUCUCCUGCAUACGCUCGUCGUCGCCACCGGCACAUGGGCUCUGCUCUUCCUCACCCUCCGCCUCUCGAUUUUGUCGCGCGUCUCCUUCGAUUUCUGUAAUCGAGCCGUCUCGCAGGUGCAUGUGGUCAUUGCUCUCGCCCUUGCAACAAGGGCUCUCAACUGGUCGGAUCCACUCGGGAACUUUGGAGCCCGCAACACCCUUCCUCAGGUGACCUCCUCGACCGCAUGA